UUAUAUAGGCCAAGCGAAAUAGGCACCUGACACUGCCCAGGCGGCGCGUCCGAGCAGCGAUCGUCAGCGCCUCUUGCGGCACCCUCCGUCAAACCUGACACUGACGGACCACGCUACUCAGGCUGCCCCCGCUGAGUGCAAGCGUGGUCGCAUGUUCAUACGUGUUUUAAAACAAUCAAAUGGCGCAAGUUUUGCUGUGUGGCUUCAAACCAAUUUCAAAAUUAGACGGUUGGAUACGCCCUGCCAUUCGUCGUAAAGGCGAAAAGCUCUACGCUGCCGGGCACGUUAACAGCGUGAAAGAAAUCGCCGGUGUGACUGUGCUGGCGAAGUGUCACUCGCAGCAAGGCAAACACAACUACAGCGUAUCUCUGGACCUGAACAAGGCCGACCGUGCCUUGAGUGGUGGAAGCUGCACUUGUCGGUACGGGGCCUCGGGAAACUGCAAACACUGUGCAGCAGUUGUGAUAUACAUCAACGAAAGUGAGGACGUGUCCACAACAUCACAACCACAGCAGUGGGGGCGGCCACCAAAGACGUCAUUUAUUAAUGACAAGGCAUCUAUUGAGCUGUUUGGUGGUAAGAAAAUUUGUGACAGCAUACGCAUAUGUGUAUUGCAUCUUCUAUGAUGUGUUUUUGUAAGCAGGCAUUCAGCACUUUCAAAAUGUGCAUAAAUUGUUUCUUGACAGACAGUGAAGGGGUAUCGCGUGGGAUAUAAUCAAUGCUAAUGUACUCUAUGAUGUUAUUUUGUGUGCUUUGUUUCAGAAAAUACCCAUCCUUACGUUGCGGGAAAAUAACCCACAAUGCUGGAGCCAGAAUAUGUGAUAAAUCGCCUUCCUAAAUUGAGGUGUCACAUGAAUACUAUUCUCAGAGAAGUUAGUCAAAACGUGGACAAUGAAACUGCUGACAGAAGUGUUGCCAAUGUAGAAGAGAACAUAGCUGAGCUUCAAGGGGUGCUUAACCCACACAGAGCUGCAUACCACUACUUGGAAGUUGUAGAAAAGUACCCAAAGGUCCUAGUAAAAAGGAACCAUUAUAGCAAAUUACUAUCAAAGGAGUCAGCCGAAUACUACAAGAAAAACGUGAAGUGCCAGGACACACAUCACCUAUGUGCACUUACAAAGGGCCAGUCUAUGAACCUAAGGUGGCACCGAGAACGACGAGUGCGUAUAACGUGUUCUAUGGCGCACACAAUACUGAGAACGAGAAAGGCCCCUGCUGACUUGGUAAAUACACUACUGAGAACGACAAGCUUUUCAUCGGAAGCCACAACAUAUGGCAUAAAGAUGGAAGCACUUGCCCGGAAGGAGUUUGAAGAUGAAGUUUCUGUACAGGUUAUAGAGACCGGAUUGGUGCUGCACUCUCUCCAGCCGUGGCUUGCUGGCAGCCCAGAUGGACUCUUCCUAUCCGACCAGAAGCCCUGUAUUCUUGAGAUAAAGUGCCCAUUUUCAAGAAAAGACGACAUCAUCAUAGAUGACCGAUUGGAACACUCAUUUGUGCCAUACGUAAAAUAUGUAAAUGGUAGACUGGCCCUCCUGAAGAGUCAUAAGUAUUACACACAAGUGCAGCUUCUAAUGUAUGUGUGCAACGUUCAGAGCUGCUAUUUCUUUGUUUAUUCAAGUAAGCAAAGCAUAAUAAUUGAUAUUGAAAGAGACAACAGUUUCUUGUAUGCAUCAGUGCGAGCACUAGAGGAAUUUUACUUUGCUUGGCUACUGCCAGCAUUUGCUAGAUGGCGGCGAGUGUAGUUUUUUGCAAUGUGUAUAAAUUUUUAACGUGUGGAAUUUAAGGUAUUGUGUGAGCUUGUAAAAAGAUAAAUAAAAACAUGUGAACUGUACUAGUGAAA